AUGACGCACAGCGUAAUUCGACGUUCGCCAAGUACGGCAUCGUCGACAGUUGCUGACCCAUCGACGGUAACGGUUUGUAUCGAAAGUGCGUCGCGAAGCGAUUUGAAUGUCCAGGAUGUCUUAACAUCAUCUCCGUCGGAAGAUGACGAUGACGAGGAUGAAUUCAAGCCCAAAGGACGAAAGCAAAUGUUAACGGAUCGAUUUAAUUAUCGUUCAUCAUCAACUGCUAGUCGUCAACGAACACCAGCACUUGGAAAUCAUCAUCAUAAUCAUCGAAAGAAUUCGUUUCAACAUACGCUUUCAGGACGGUUGAGUACCGAUAGUAAUGCCAGACGUGCUUCAACCGGUCGACCAACAACAGCUGGAUCGCUACAGUCGAAAUCAACAGUCUACGAAAACGAAUGGGUUAUUGAUUCAUCCGAAACUGUGGUUUCACCUGUUCUACGAACAAAUCCAUCGUAUUCAACUGUAACUUCGACUGCGGCAAAUUCGAAAUCAUCAUCAUCGCCAAAACAACAAACUGUUUCGUCAACAUUCACUCCUCAACAAGCUCCAUCCGUAUUCACAACAACUUCAGAAUUUCUCGGCACAGAUUUUCGUUCGCAAUUGCGUCGCGACAAACAAAGACGUUCACAAUCCUUAGUUCGACAAGCAUUAGUCGUAAGCGAUCCAUCAUCGCCAACUAUUCCACUUGUUUUCCUUACCGACGAUGUUCUCCUAGGCUCGAUACGAGCUCUACAAAACGAACGUCAAUUAUGUAAACUAUCGAUUGAUUAUAUCAUUGACGCAUCUAAUAUGAGACCUGACGAAUUAGCACGAAAAGCGAAUGUAGGCGCACGCCUCCCGUGUCAAUGCGGACAUACACAUUCACGUUGCACACUCACACUCGAAUUCGAUCAGCCGUGUGUCGCAUCAUCUUCAUCGGUAACAUCAGCGGAUUCCAAAAUAUUGAGUGGUGGCAAAAUACGCGAACUAAGUCGGGCACACUUAGGGCAAUUGUUCGACGCUGUCAAUCGUUUUAUAUUAAAAUCACAGCAAGAAGACAAACGUGUGCUCAUCUAUGGCUUUGAACUAACACCAAAUUCGCCAUUAGCUGUCAUCGCUAUACAAUAUUUAAUGUUAAUCAAUGAUCAAAUCACCUUAACUGAAGCUAUUCACACUGUACAUCGCUUAUUUCCGGUUAUACCAAAACAACAUCAACAAUUUCCAACCAUGGAUAAACGAUUUCAAGAUUAUUUAAAACAAUUAGAACGCAAGACCUUUUCGAAGAAUAUUAUCGUCUACCGCAUCAGUGGUGACGGAAAUAGUAGCAGUAGUGGCAAUGAACAUCGAUAUUCAUUGAAAGAUCACUCAUCAGGUUCGCCAGAAAUUACAGUCAACAAUGAAACAUCCAUUACUUCGUGUACAACAACUCCAACGCCAAUCAUUAAUGAUUAUACCAAUCAGACACGUCAGUUGUUUCGAACACGUUCAGCUUGGGAUAGUUAA